AUGACGUCACGGGCACUAACAGGAAGUCGUCUAAAUCGCCUUCGACAUGGAUCAACAGAAUCCAACACGGUAACUGAUGUCGAGAAGUGGAAAUUAGAAUCUUCUCUGGAGCAGAGGGUCGCACCAGACACCAAGGGAUGCCUUUCUGGACGAGGGAGGAUAGUUUAGAACGGUCUCCGAGAAUAAGUGCUGACUUUGGUUGCUCCAAUGGGCAAGUGUCAAUCUUGCUGUGAGGCCAAAGGACCGACAUCCGGUUCUCGGUACCACACCCCCUCAGAUUACCGAGCCAGAGGCGGCCCUCGGAGUGUCAGCAAAGAACUAGAGACUACCAGCAUCACCGUUCCCGUGAUGGCGUCAUCGCGAUCGGUGCCCAUGACGUCUGAUCGGAAAAUGUUCACACCUUAUCCCAAACUGCCUCCGAUUAAGAAACCCAGUAAUGGAGAAAGCAAACGCUUGUCCUUUAUUUCCCGUGAUUUCUCAGAAUCAAAAGUUCACGCUCUUUUUGAACAAUAUAAAGAUGCCGUGGAGGAUGCCAUUUUGGCGGAAGGUGUGGAGGCAUUUUGUUGUGAUUUAGAGGUAAAUCCUGAUGACUUUAUUGUUCUGGUGCUAGCCUGGAAAUUUCAAGCAGAAAUGAUGUGUAGGUUUACAAGGGAGGAAUUUCUACAUGGUUGUAAAUCCCUAAAGGUUGAUUCAAUUAAAGGAAUCCAAUCAAAAUUCACAGAGUUGUUGACAGAAGUGCAAAAUAAACAAACUUUUAAGGAUCUUUAUCGAUGGACUUACAAGUUUGGCCUUGACGUAGAAACAGGACAGAGGACUUUACCCAUAGAAAUGGCCAUCAGCCUUUGGAAACUUGUGUUUUCUCAAAAUGAACCUAAACUUCUUAGCCGUUGGCUUGAGUUCUUGGAGGAUCAUCCAAGUAUUCGAGGAAUUCCGAGAGACACGUGGGAUAUGUACUUGAAUUUUACGGAACAGGUUUCUGACGACUUGAGCACAUAUGAUGACACAGAGGCCUGGCCUAGUCUGUUUGAUGAUUUUGUAGAAUAUGAAAAUGAUAGGCAAAAUCAAAAUGUCAAGAUGAUGUAAAACAGAUAACACAGGGUCCCUUUGUCUAUAAAAAAUAUAUUUUGCUCUUUUAUUUUGUUCAUAAAAUGAACAUGUGCUUGUUUAGAUUUUUAGAAUGUGAAAAACUGUACAAUGCCUGAUUUUUUUCAAUUUUUUUUUGUCAUUAUAAGCAGAUGUUUUGAAAAACAUUAAUGUCCAUGACAUUUUAUCACAGAAAAAGAGUGAUUAUAGUGUAGUUUGGUCAUGGAACAUGUUGAAUACCCUAAAAGUGCAUGGAAAACUUGAUUCACAGUUCAAGUUGGUACACAUAUUUUUUCUGAUGAUAGUACUAGAUUUGAUUUUGCACCAUUGAUAGCCAUUAAAUCACAAUUCAAGCCUCACCAUCAUUUUAUAAUAGUUCACUUACUCUGACAAACUUGUUGAACCUAGCUAUUUUCUGUAACUAGAUUUGACUGCAGCAUCCCUGGCAUUUUUGCUUGGCAUUGAAGUUUGUUGUUUGUAUUCACCACUCAUUCAAUUUAUGUACUUGUUAUUUUUUGUAGUUUUUUUGUACUGCCAUGUUAAAGAACAUUACAUACAUGUAUGUAACAUAUACAUGUACAGGCAUAUAAGUUUUUACAGUGUAUAUGAGAAAACUGACCUUUUGACGACAUUGAAUCUCAUAAUGUUCCAAGGUGCAUCCCCCCUUCCCUGUCUUCACUUACAUCUGUCUACAUUUUUUGGGUUUAAAAUCAACAUGUACUAGGUUUAUGAAAUUCGAUUAACAGAAACUAAAAAAAGAAAAUACCAUGACAUUUUCUGCUGCGUUUGUCAAUAGGUUUAGAUUAGAUUUGCAAUUUUCUCAAAUGCAGCCCCACCCAGAUCAUUAACAGAAUAUUUUUGUUUGUGGGCGAUCGUACAUUGGACUAAUACUCAUGGAUGGAUUUAGAAUGUGUUGCUUAGAUGUGUCAUAAUUUCACUUGUCAUGUGAAAGCAUGUGAUCAGAACAAUGUAUUGAUUAGUUUGUUCAAAGAACUAGAGUAACAGUAUAGAUAGCCUUAAAUAGGGCCAGAGAUCACAGAAUAUUGAAAAAGUUUUCGCGAGACAAACACCCAGUAAUGUGUCAAGAACAGCAGAUUUUUUUUUCGCAUUGUUUGAAGAACAGUUUUAUGGUUGGACGUAAUGGCUGUGUAAAAUCAAUGCCGCUUGUUAAUCUUUGAGGAUAAAUAUUGGUUAUUUUACACUUUGCUGGUAUUUUUCCCUGAUGGUUUUUAGAACUGUUUUGAAAUUAUGCCAGGUUUUUUUCCCCCUCAGACUCUUUGAAGUGUCUUGUACUGACUUAGUCUUGAAUUUCACAACGUUAUUAAAAAUGUGAGCCAUUGAUUACAAAUUUCGGAGAAAAAUUCUGUUUGGAUUCUUAAAGUCAUAUAUGGCAUAUUUUUUU